AUGUCAAUGUAUGAAUCACAAGCGAAACAAAUUAUUAAUCAAAUCAUAAAGCAAUAUCAACAUCGUCAGCACAGUGAAACUAAAGCUACAAAGGCGCGGCGCCUGAUAAAGACAUUACUUUAUAAUAUUGAUGGAAAAGACAACAAUUUGCGACACUUUAGGAAUCUUCCGCUCCAUCAAUUUACAUAUCAGACGAUGACUUUACCAUCGUGUAAUAUUCAGACUACAGCCAACGCACAGAAUACAAUAAAAUAA